UGAUUUGGCGCUAUAUAAAUAAAAUUGAAUUGAAUUGAAGUGAAUUUCUAAUGAGACUUCGGCAAAACUAGUUGUAUCAACUGAAACGCCAGUGACAUUUCUCUGGUCCUUACUCAGAUCUAUGUUGGAGUUUUUGCUAUUAAGAACACGACUUUCAGAUUCUGAUAAUUUGCUGUAGAUUGUGUUUAGACCUGUUGCUUAUUGGUUUGUUUUCCAUUUUUCAGCUAAUAGCUCUUCGAGAAUCACUUCGUUGGUACAUAAAUGCUAUUUUAUGGCUGUCAAACUGUGUUAUCUCUGACAUUUCCAUAGAUUCAACUAAAGAAAUGGGAACAAAUGUGUUCUUACACCAGGUCACUAUGUGUAAACAGAACCCAUGCAAACAUGGAACAUGCAAACUCCACACAGAAACUCUGCAGCCAGAAUGCUGCUACUGCUAAUAUACUCAUAUCACUGCUCGAUCAUUAUUCACAGGAAAAAACACGGAAUUAAACGCAAACAUCAUCCUGGAUCUGAACCCAGCUUAGUGUCCGUUAAGAGUGACCAGUCUAAAAAACGCUUGAUUGAAUUUAAGGAGCAACAACCCUCUGCUGCGGAGAGAAUGGACAAGAGCUCAGAGGUUCCCAGCGGUCAGUCUGCCCAGCAGCAACAAACACAUCUGGACUCCAUAUUUAUGAUGCUGGAAGACGACAUCAUUACUUUUGUGAAGAAUGAAUUGAAGACGAUCCACAAGGUUUUGCGUCAAGAUUACCCAGAAUGGGCAGAGAGACAAAUGGAAGAUGAGGAAGUAUUACCAGGUGAGGAUGAAGAGCGGAGGAGAAGCAGCAGAAAUGCAGUUUUGAAGAUCACAUUAGACUUCCUCAGGGGAAUGAAGCAGGAGGAGCUGGCUGACCGCCUGCAGAGCAGAACUCCCAUUGUAGUUCAUCAGAAACAAAAAUCUGCUUUAAAAAAGAAGUUCCAGUGUGUGUUUGAGGGGAUUGCUAAAGCAGGAAAUCCAGCACUUCUGAAUCAGAUCUACACAGAGCUCUACAUCACAGAGGGAGGGACUGCAGAGGUCAAUGAUGAACAUGAGGUCAGACAGAUUGAAACAGCUUCCAGGAAACCAGACAGACCAGAAAAAACAAUCAGACAAGAAGACAUCUUUAAAGCAUCACCUGGAAGAGAACAACCAAUCAGAACAGUGCUGACAAAGGGAGUGGCUGGCAUUGGGAAAACAGUCUUAACACAGAAAUACACGCUGGACUGGGCUGAAGACAAAGCCAACCAGGACAUCCAGUUCAUAUUUCCAUUCACUUUCAGAGAGCUGAAUGUGUUGAAAGAGGAAAAGUUCAGCUUGGUGGGACUUGUUCAUCGUUUCUUUACUGAAACCAAAGAAGCAGGAAUCUGCAGCUUUGAUGACUUCGAGGUUGUGUUCAUCUUUGAUGGUCUAGAUGAGUGUCGACUUCUUCUGGACUUCAACAAAACUGAGAAACUGACUGAUGUUACGGUGUCCGCAUCAGUGGAUGUGCUGCUGAUAAACCUCAUCAGAGGGAAACUGCUUCCCUCUGCUCCCCUCUGGAUAACCACACGACCUGCAGCUGCCAAUCAGAUCCCUGCGGAAUGCAUUGACAGGGUAACAGAAAUUAGAGGGUUCCCUGAUACACAGAAGGAGGAGUACUUCAGAAAGAGAUUCAGAAGUUGGUGGAAGGCACACAAUAUCAUAUCCCACAUCAGGACAUCACCUAGCCUCCACAUCAUGUGCCACAUCCCAGUCUUCUGCUGGAUCACUGCUACAGUUCUGGAGCAUGUGCUGAAAACAAGAAAGUGGAAUACGAUGCCCAAGACCCUGACUGAGAUGUACAUCCACUUCCUGGUGGUUCAGGCCAAAGUCAAGAAGGUCAAGUAUGAUGGAGGAGCUGAGACAGAUCCACACUGGUGUCCAGAGAGCAGGACGAUGAUUGAGUCACUGGGAAAACUGGCUUUUGAUCAGCUGCAGAAAGGAAACCUGAUCUUCUAUGAAUCAGACCUAACAGAGUGUGGCAUCGAUAUCAAAACAGCCUCAGUGUACUCAGGAGUGCUCACACAGAUCUUUAAAGAGGAGAGAGGACUGUACCAGGACAAGGUGUUCUGCUUCAUCCAUCUGAGUGUUCAGGAGUUUCUGGCUGCUCUUCAUGUCCACCUGACCUUCAUCGACUCUGGAGUCAAUCUGCUGGAAGAAAACCACACAAGCUCCAGGAAGUUUGAAAGAAGAGAAUCUAACGAGAAAUACUUCUAUCAGACUGCUGUGGACAAGGCCUUAAAUAGUCCAAACGGACACCUGGACUUGUUCCUCCGCUUCCUCGUGGGUCUUUCACUGCAGACCAAUCAGAAUCUACUACAAGGUCUGCUGACACAGACAGGAAGUAGCUCACAGACCAACCAAGAAACAGUCCAGUACAUUAAAGUGAAAAUUAGUGAGAGUCUGUCUGCAGAGAAAAGCAUCAACCUGUUCCACUGUCUGAAUGAACUGAAUGAUCGUUCUCUAGUGGAGGAGAUCCAACAGUUCCUGAGUUCAGGAAGUCUCUUGACAAAUAAUCUGUCUCCUGCACAGUGGUCAGCUCUGGUCUUCAUCUUAUUGGCAUCGGAAGAAGAUCUGGAUGUGUUUGACUUGAAGAAAUUCUCAGCUUCAGAGGAGGCUCUUCUGAGACUGCUACCAGUGAUCAAAGCCUCCAACAAAGCUCUACUAAGUGUCUGUAACCUUUCGGAGAGAAGCUGUCAAGCUCUGUCGUCAGUUCUCACAUCCCAGGCCUCUAGUUUGAAAGAGUUGGACCUAAGUAACAACAACCUGGGGGAUUCAGGAGUGAUACUUCUGUCUGCUGCACUGAAGAGUCCACAAUGUGAACUGGAUACUCUCAGACUGAGUGUCUGUAACCUCUCAGAGGAGAGCUGUGAAGCUUUAUCCUCAGUUCUUGGCUCACAGUCCUCUAGUUUGAAAGAGCUGGACCUGAGUGACAAUGAUCUAAAGGAUUCAGGAGUGAAGCAUUUGUCUGUUUGCGUGAAGAGUUCCUAUUGUAAACUGGAAACACUCAGUCUGUCAGGCUGUCUGAUCACACAGGAAGGCUGUACUUCUCUUGCCUCAGCUCUGAGUUUCAACUCCUCCCAUCUGAGAGAGCUGGACAUCAGCUACAACCAUCCAGGAGACUCAGGAAUAAAGCUGCUUUCGGCUGGAGUGAAGGAUGAAGGUUGGAAAUUGGACACUCUCAGGUAUGGAGAAAAUGUCUUAUAGAAAAUGUAUUAAAAAUGGACCAAAUAUCCAUUUCACCUUAAUCAAAAUAGAUGUGUCAUUAACAGAC